UCACUUACGCGUACGGCCAAGGUCUUCCUUGCCCCCCUCCCUUCAACAGCUUUCUUUCUUUCUCUCUUUUAUCGGUGAAUUGAUAUGAAAAAUUGAAAAUUUGGCUGCAACUUCGAUUAGCAAAACCCUCAUUCACGAAAUAACAAUGGAUUAACACCUCUUUAAAACCCCUCCAAAAAUUCCCUUAUAAUGGCUGAAACUGCAGCUUCUUCGCCUAAACCUAUCCCGUCUCCAAAUCCGAUGGACCCAUCACCACCACCUCCUCAACCGCAACCACAAUCACAACCACCGCCCACGGCUUUAACAAACUCGAACUCCAACACCACACCUCUAACACCACCACAACCACAAGUACCAACACCAACAACUACCAUGUCAAAUUUACCUCAAAAUCCACAAAUGGCAUCUGCUUCUCUUGACCCACAAAUUUCAUCGCCUCCUCUUCCCUCUCAACAGCAACAGCCAUCGAUUGUACAACAGCAGCAGCAACAGCAACAGCAACAACCCCAGCAGCAAUUGCAACAACAGAAUGUCACAGCCAUGUCGAGCUAUCAAAUUCAACAAUCCCUUCAAAGAUCUCCUUCUAUGUCUCGUUUAAGCCAAAUUAACCAACAGCAGCAGAAUCAAUACAGUGGCGUUUUGAGGCAGCAACAACAACAAGGGCUAUAUGGGCAAGUAAAUUUUAGUGGGUCCGGUUCAAUUCAACAGAAUUUGCAGCAGAAUUCGCAGAAUCAGCAAAUGAGUGGCGCCAACUUUUCGCGGUCUGCACUUCUCGGGCAGAGCGGGCACUUGCCCAUGCUGACUGGGGCAGUGGCUGCUGCAGCAGCGGCUCAAGCUCAAUUGAAUUUGUUGGCCUCGCCAAGGCAAAAAGCUGGGUUAGUCCAAGGGUCUCAAUUCCAUCCUGGUAAUUCUCCAGGUCAGCCUUUGCAAGGAAUGCAAGCUAUGGGAAUGAUGGGGUCACUCAAUUUGACAUCACAACUAAGGCCUAACGGUGCUCUUAGUUAUGCCCAGCAAAGGAUGAAUGUAGGACAAAUAAGACAGCAACUGGCACAACAAAAUCCACUCACCUCUCCUCAGGUUCAAAACCUAUCAAGGACUUCAUCACUGGCAUUUAUGAGCCCUCAGCUAUCUAGUCUGGCUCAGAAUGCACAACCAGCUAUGAUGCAGAACUCUUUGUCACAGCAUCAAUGGUUGAAGCAAAUGCCGGCAAUGUCUGGCCCAGUCUCACCUCUUCGUCUUCAACAGCACCAGAGGCAGUCACAGGUUCUUUUGCAGCAGCAAUUGGCUUCAUCUCCUCAGUUGCACCAGAAUUCAAUGGCAUUAAACCCACAACAAUUAUCCCAGCUGGUACAGCAGCAGCCGCCAAUGGGGCAGCAACAACUGCAGCAGCAACAGCAACCACAGCAGCAGAUGCAACAACAACAGCAGCAGCAACCACAGCAGCAAUUGCAGCAACAAUUACCCUUACAUCAGCAGCAGCAACAGCAAUCUCCAAGGAUGCAAGGACCCAUAGGCCAGAAAUCUCUUAGCUUGACAGGAUCACAGCCAGAUGCAACAGCGUCUGGUACAACUACACCAGGGGGUAGUUCAAGCCAAGGAACAGAAGCAACUAAUCAGCUACUUGGGAAGAGAAAGAUACAGGACUUGGUUUCACAGGUAGAUUCACAGGGGAAGCUAGAUCCUGAAGUUGAAGAUCUUCUUUUGGAGAUUGCUGAUGACUUUAUUGAUUCUGCGACUAUGUUUGCAUGCAGUUUGGCCAAGCACCGAAAAUCUUCAAUUUUAGAGUCCAAGGAUUUAUUGCUACACUUAGAGAAGAAUUGGCAUCUGACAGUUCCUGGAUUUUCAACUGAAGAAAGAAACUUCCAGAGAAAACCUUUAUCAAGUGAUCUCCAUAAGAAGCGUCUUGAUAUGAUUCGUGCAUUGAGGGAGUCCUCACACUCAGAAACAAAUAAUAAUAAUCCUAAAGAAAUGAUGAGACAAGGGCUUGGCAACCCAGUUGUUACUAACAAUCUGAUAAGACCUUCACCAAGUUCAGAGCAGUUGGUUUCACAAUCAAACAGUUCUCAAAUGCUGCAGCAGAUCACACGAUUUUAAUGGAUAUUUCUCAUUUCUCACACUGUCUCCUUGCUGAUUGGGUAUAACAUGAACCUUUGUUGAGUUUGGAAUGACAGAAGCAUUAGCUGUGGAGGCAGACGUGUAAUUAUUUGGCAAGCAGUAGAGACCUGAAAAUGGGUUGAAAAGAUUGCGGCAGUGAUCAUCUAAUUUAUAAUUAUUGUUGAUGUAUGAUUAUUUGAUCUUGUGCUUAUCACCACAAGCGUAUACUUGGUGCAGUUAUAAAGGAAGAAAGGGAUAUUCUUGGGGGAGAGUCAAUGGGCACAUAAAUUUAGAUGUAGCCUCCAGGCCCCAGUUCAAGCUCUUGCAGCUUAAAGCCUAAAGUGUAAAAUGGAACUUGGGUUGGGUGGCAUGUCCUGUAGUUAUGUGCUUUAUUGUCUAUUAAUUAUUGCAGACAGCUUGCUUUUUUUUUCUUUGUUUUUUCUUAGGUUCAGGGUUGGUUAUUCCUUGUAUCUCAUUAAAUUUCAUAGUUUUCAGGGAUUUGAGAAUCUUUCUUGCCCUAAUAGAUGACAUUACCAUAAACUUGCUCUAA